AUGGCCUUUUUCAAAUCCAUUGAGGACUUAUCCCUUGCAGAAGAGAUCCCUUGUUCAAAGUAUCAAGUGGCUUUCAAUCACUCAUGCUACGAAUUUGUGAGACUCCAACGGACAUUCACAAGUGCUCAGAGCUGGUGUGAGAGAGGAGGUGGCCAUUUGGCCUUUAUUGGGAAUGAAGAGACUCAAACGUUCUUGGAGGAACACAUCUCUGAGGACAAGGAGUGGUGGAUCGGUAUAACCUAUACCUCUUCAAAUGAAACUAAUGAAGGAUCCAUGAUUUGGCUGGAUACCUCGAAUAUCACCUACAGCAAAUGGUUCCAAGAUCCGCCGUCAGUCUUUGCAUCCUCAUGUGGCUAUAUCCUGAAGAAUGCUGGUUACCAGUGGGGAGUAACGGAGAACUGUAGCCAGGAGUUUGACUUUGUUUGUGAGUUUGAAUCAGGCCACAGUAUUGCUUGUGACAACUCCAAUGCCACCGUGCAGUGCGGAUCGGGAGAAGUGAUUCAGAUCGGAGACAGUUUCUAUGGGCGGAAAACUCCUCACUACUGCGUCCUUGAGACUCCCCUGCAGUUUGAUGAUGAAGAAGAAUGUAGCUGGAUCAGUGUGAAAGAUGAAGUUGCAGGGCAAUGUCAUGGGCUCCAAGCCUGCCAAGUCGCAGCUGAUGGAACCUUUUUCGGAGAGCCAUGCCCAGGUUUGGGAAGCUACCUCUCUGUCCAAUACCAGUGCAUGGAAGGCUUGCGGUUGGCGGUGACUGACACCACUUUCAUAUUGGAAAAUGUCACCAUCUCCUUAAAGUGGCUGCUCUCACCGUACUCUGGAAACCUCUCCUGCAUAAUCAGCACUGGAGAUGGGAACACGGUGGACCCUUACUAUCCUCCAAGCUUGCACAGCAAUGUGACUCAUUGUUAUACGGUGCCGGGUGAGUUCACCGUCUUUGUGGAAUGCACUACUAGUGAGUGGCACGUGACUGCUCAAAAACUCAUCACUGUUCAAGAUAAAAUGGAUAAGCUCACUGUGACCGGGUGCUUCAACAAAUAUGAAGUGGGGAACAGCUCCCAUUGCAGGACCCUUUAUGAGGAGACGUUAUGGAUUCAAGUAGAACUUGAUGGAGGGACGGGAGUAACCUACACUGUAUUAAGUGAUAACAAGACUGUGAUGGAGUCCAGCACAAAAAUAGGAACUGUACCUCAUAAUCUGACCUUGGAUGGGGUGCCUCAACGGCUGAUUGGUCCUGGGGUGCACUCCCUUGAAAUAGUUGCCACCAGCAACACCACAGAUUCAGAGGUCAUAGAAAUCCUCACUGUUCAUUUAGUUGAGCCAAUUUCUGGUCUCCAAGCCAUGUUAACCUCCGACUCCUUGGAAUUAGGGGAAGACUUGGAAAUCAAAGUUUCUGCACGUCGUGGUUCCCCUGAAAAAGUGAGAUUUGAAGUGACCGGGAUGAAUGAAACAUUUUCCCACCUGAAGGACUUCCUUGAAGGAAAGUCUGGAAUUUAUACAAUCCCAGUGAAUUCUGAAGGCACUUUUCGGGUCAAAGUGUUUGCGAUGAACGCCUUCUCCAACAUGAGUAUUGAUGUUGGAACCGUCACAGUGUCUAACAGUUCUCAUAAAAAAGUAGAUGAGGAAGUGCAAAUAACGUGGCUGAAAACUGCCUUUGCAGGGUUCUGCUGGCCUCAGUGGGAUGAAUGUGUGCAGCAGCAAUCUAUCGACACCAUACAAAGAGAGAUCCAGAUCCCCCCCAAUUGCUUGCCUCCUCCCAGCUCUGCAGUGACAGUGAAGCUUACAGUCAAAACCCCAGAGAAAGAGGAGAAGCAGGAUGAACAAUGUUUGUACAUCACGGCAAAACGAGAUCUGAGCCUGCAAAUCAGCUGUGAGAGGAAUUGCAAUCCUGUGAAUAUCACUGAAGAUGUUAUGCUUAGAGUUUCAAUGAGGGAAGACUCGAAACCUGUACUUUACAAGUGGUAUUUAGAUCAUACCUUCCAAAGAAAGCCCAACGUGCUUCCUCCAGGCUGUAACUUAAAUGGUUUCCCACAAAGUUCACUCACUUUUCUUCAGAACGAUUCAGCGGUUCUUGUCCUGAACAGCUCGUUCUUGCAAUCCCAAGGGGAAGCCUUUCAAAUCAAAGCAACAGCCAUGAGUGAGAACAAAUACGGGGAAGUGACCUACAUUGUCAGCUCUGUGCCUCCUCCAGUUGCCCCAGAAUGUUCUGUAUCUCCUCCUCAAGGAUCAGUGCUCACCAGCUUCUCAAUCUCCUGCCACCCUUCCUGCCUACUGGACCAGUGCCCUCCAGUUGACAGCCCUUCAUUCACAUACUGCUUCUAUGUAGAGCCAAAUUCACUCCUUCACUGUGGACAAGAUCCAGUUCUACCCUUGGUCUACCUUCCAUUGGGAGAAGAAGACAACGACUUUCUUCUCCAGAUUAAAAUUGCCGUGACCAAUAAUUAUGGCCAUAUUGUUUAUACAAAUGCCACCGUCAGGCUUAGAGAGCUAAUGCUGACAACCCUUUCAGUGGUUAAUGUCACAUCAAUGCAGACAGCCCUCAAGAUGUCAGAAGUGCUCAAAGAAAUCACGUAUAAGAGCGAAGAGCUGUCUUCUUCUGCACAGGUGGAAGCGAGUCAUACUCUGAAGAGUGUCAGUGAAUCCUUACUGAUGGUGGACACAGAGGAUGGAGAAGACCAUCUAAAGCGCAAGGAAGCUGCCAGCUACCUUUUCAGCGCAGUAAGCAAUGUCCUUGAAGCUACUGUGCAGAAUGGAACAGAGGAAGCUGCUGCCCCUGAGAUGGCACAGGUGAGGAAUUCAGUGUCGCAAGAACUCAUAUCUACUGUUGAAAACCUUCAGAGUGCUCUCCUUUUUGGAAAAUUGCCUGACAGUGAGCCUUUGGUGCUAACAGCUCCUUCUGCAGCUAUGUAUAUCAACAGGUUGCAGACAGAGAAUGUCAACGGCACGGCCAUUAAAAUCUCCAAUUCCAGUUCUGCCACGUUCACCCUCCCUUCCGCCUCUUCGCUCAGCAUCUCUGGGGACAGCGACGAGACAGUGGACAUCAGGAUGGUGAGCUUCUCGGUGAACCCCUUUUCUUCAAGUGACUCCUUUGACAUCCAGGGAACUGUUGGAGGCCUCAGUCUCACCAGCCUAGAAGGGCUGGUCAUUCCAGUGCAUGACCUUAUGGAAGAUAUUGAGAUCAUGUUGCCCAGGAGUUCUGCAACCCAAGAUGACAAGAAUGUAUUGAAUCUGGGAAAUUUCACAGCCGUCCAAGUCAAUGUGACUUCAGUAGACUCAUCUCUAGUGAUCCACCUGGAGAUGGAUCAAAAUGUUCCACUUAUCCUUUAUUUGGGAUAUGAUUAUCUUCCCAAUGAGACUGAUCAUGAACUGAUGGCACGUCUUCCUCACAACAGAGAUGCUAGAGAUGAGAUAUAUUCCUGGGUGCUUUACCCAGAAGACCUGAUUUUUGGAGAAGGAAUCUAUUAUUUUGUAGUGAGACCAGACACAGACCUGGACUUCCCUGCUUUUAGUGAAAUGAACAUCUCCGUCACUUGCUUUGUAUCCCAAUGUGUAUUCUGGGAUGAGCACCAAAGAAGUUGGAAUAGCUACGGAUGCCGUGUUGGCCCCAAAACAACCCCUGGGGAUACUCAGUGUCUCUGUAACCACCUGACCUUCUUUGGAAGCUCUUUCUUUGUAAUGCCAAACACCAUUGAUGUCAGCAGAACUGUGGAGCUGUUUGCCACUUUUGUGGACAACCCCGUCGUGGUGACAACGGUAGGCUGCAUCUUCCUCACCUACCUUCUGGUUCUGAUCUGGGCCAGAAGAAAAGACAUCCAAGACGAUGCCAAAGUGAAGAUAACAGUCUUGGAAGAUAAUGAUCCUUUUGCUCAAUAUCGUUACUUGGUGACCCUUUAUACUGGACAUCGCCGAGGUGCAGCUACAACCUCUAAGGUGACUCUCACCUUGUAUGGCCAGGAAGGAGAGAGUGAGCCACACCAUUUGGUGGACCCCGAUACCCCAGUCUUUGAGCGAGGGGGUGUGGAUGUCUUUCUUCUGUGUACCCUUUUCCCCCUUGGGAAACUACAGAGUAUCAGACUGUGGCAUGACAAUUCAGGAGCCAGCCCUUCCUGGUAUGUGAAUCGUGUUCUAGUCCACGAUGUGGCCACUGAUCAGAAGUGGUAUUUUCUUUGUAACUCUUGGCUGGCCAUUGAUGUAGGAGAUUGUGUCUUAGAUAAAGUGUUCCCUGUAGCCACUGAACAAGACAUGAAACAAUUCAGCAACCUGUUUUUUAUGAAGACCUCCAGAGGCUUUCGUGAUGGCCACAUCUGGUACUCCAUUUUCAACCGUUGUCCACGCAGCUCUUUUACACGGGCCCAGAGAGUGUCUUGUUGCUUCUCGCUUCUUCUAUGCACCAUGUUGACCAGCAUCAUGUUUUGGGGGGUACCCAAGGAUCCGGCAGACCAGAAAAUGGAUUUAGGCAAGAUAGAAUUCACAUGGCAAGAAGCGAUGAUUGGCUUUGAAAGCUCCCUUCUGAUGUUUCCCAUCAACUUGCUCAUCGUCCAGAUCUUCAGGAAUGUCCGUCCUCAGUUUAAGAAAGAGCAGAAACCAGGGAAAAGUGGACGUGUGUCCCCUGACCUGCCUUCUCUUCCCCAUCAAUCUCCCCAAAGUGUGUCGCUCACUGCUGAAGCUGUGAUCAAGGAUAUUAGGCGGAUUGCCAAUUCCCUGUUCAAAACCCUGAAGGCCCCUUUGCCUUCCUCGGAUCCCGAUUUCAGUAAAUCGACUGACAUCAACAAGCUGCUUGCCUUGGUGGAGGACAUUAUCUGUCAGCAGAACAGGGUGGGAGAGGAAUUUUAUGAUGAGAGCAAAAAGAAAGACGACCCAAUUAUCAUUACCCUCGGGCUGGUGGAUUUACAAGAAAAGAGAAGAACGCCAACCCCAGAGAGCGGGAUGAGGGAAAGGCUGAAGCAUCCGGAUUACAGAUGUUGCCUCCAUGCCCAGCUGCAGCAUGUGGAGAUUGAACUGGAACUGCUGGGGCCUCAUCGAUUCCAGGACCCACAGAGCUACACCCAGGCAGUUAGGCAGGUGCAGCACAUGAAAAGCUUUUUGGAAAGUCAGCUCUGCUCUGCAAUGCCUGACAGAGAUAGUAAGAAGGAAUUGACACCUAAAGGCUUACCUUGGUGGUGCGUGUUUGUGGGCUGGUUCCUGGUGAUCCUUACCAGUGGAGUCUCUGGUUUCUUCACGAUGCUGUAUGGACUGCAUUAUGGCAAGGAUAACUCCAUCAAGUGGCUGAUUUCCAUGGCCAUCUCUUUCUUUGAAAGCCUCUUCAUCACCCAGCCAUUAAAGGUUCUUGGAUUUGCGGCUUUUUUUGCUCUGGUUCUGAAAAAGGUGGAACAAGAAGAUGAGGAGAACACAUCUAUUGAUGGUCCAUUGUCUGUCUCAGGUGAUCCAAACCCUAUCUUUGGGGCACGUAGAGACAGUGGAAAUAACAUCUACCAGCCUCCUCCUGCUACUGACAUUGCGAAAAUGAAGACUGACCGCGUCAAGGAGCAGAAAGCAUUUGCCCUGAUUCGGGAAAUAUUGGCCUAUUUGGGAUUCUUGUGGAUGUUGCUCUUGGUUGCCUACGGACAGCGUGAUCCAAACUCCUACUAUCUCAACAAACAUAUUGAGAACAGCUUCACUGAAGGAUUCCAAGAGGUUUUAAGUUAUCAGGAUUUCUUCAAGUGGGCAAGAACCACCUUAAUCAGCAACUUAUAUGGGCCAUAUGAAGGUUUCAUCACAGAUGGCAACUCCAAACUGGUGGGCAGUGCUCGGAUUCGUCAAGUGAGGGUCAAGGGCAGCUCAUGCCCCAUUGCUCCGAGCUUAAAGAUGACCGUUAGAGAGUGUCAUGCAGCCUAUUCCUUUGACACAGAGGACGUGGGAGACUAUGACAUAAACUGGAAUGGGUCUUCCCUCGAUAACUCUUCAGAGUUCCAUUCAGCUUGGCAGUAUCAGAGCCAGGCAAGGCUGAGAGGACACCCCAUCUGGGGCAAACUGGCUGUUUACAGAGGUGGGGGCUACAUCGUUCACCUGGGGAUGGAUUCAACUAAUGCCACCAGAAUUCUCCAAUACUUGCUUGAUAACACCUGGCUGGACAGCUUUACCAGAGCCGUGUUUGUUGAGUUCACCGUCUACAAUGCAAAUGUGAACCUGUUCUGCAUUGUAAGCCUCAUGUUUGAAACCAGCGCCUUAGGGGCUUUUUUCCCACGGGCUGAAUUGCAAAGUAUCCGGCUUUAUCCAUACACCGAUGGUCUACAUAUCUUCGUUGUUGCAGCAGAAAUAAUCUAUUUCCUCUUUGUUAUCUACUACAUGGUGGAGCAGGGAAAACUCCUGCGGGCUCUAAAAUGGAAUUACUUCCACAGCAAAUGGAACUUGCUAGAAUUGGCCAUCAUCUUGAUCAGCUGGAGUGCCCUGUCGGUUUUUGUAAGGCGGAUGAUCUUGGGCUUAAGGGACAUCAGUUACUACCAGGAGCAUAAGGAUGAGUUUGUGAGCUUCAAUCAAACCGCAACGGUGGAUGCAGUGUUGGGCUACCUGAUUGCUUUCCUGGUGCUUCUUUCCACUGUGAAGCUCUGGCACCUGCUGAGACUCAACCCCAAGCUGAACAUGAUCACCUCCACCUUGCGGAGAGCCUGGGGGGACAUAUCCGGAUUUGCCACCGUGAUUAUAAUCAUGUUCCUGGCUUAUUCCAUUGCUACAAAUCUAAUAUAUGGCUGGAAGCUGAAUUCAUACAAGACUCUGUUUGAUUCUGCUGAGACGAUGGUCAGUCUUCAGUUAGGAAUCUUCAACUACGAAGAGGUCUUGGAUUACAAUCCUAUCUUGGGGUCCUUCUUAAUUGGUUCCUGCAUAAUUUUCAUGACGUUUGUGGUGCUGAACCUCUUCAUUUCUGUAAUCCUGGUUGCUUUCAGUGAGGAGCAGAAACAUUAUCAGGCUUCAGAAGAAGAAGAGAUAGUGGAUCUCAUGCUGAAGAAAAUGUGCAGUUUUCUUGGAAUUAAGUGCAAAAAUGAUUGCACUCCAGCUUGUGGCAAGCAGCUAAAAGCAGCUGUGAAUGACAUGUGAUGGCUUGGCCAUGAUCUUGCUUCCCGUGUGAACUUCUAGAUGGUGUGCUUACCUAUAAAUGUUGUGAUUUCUGAGUUUGUGAAAGCUAUGGUAGAAAACAGGACCCCAUUUUUAGGAAUCAAAAGCUUCAGCCUGAUCUGUAAUCCUGGAGUCUUGCUAAUAGAUACAGAAAUACUUCCUUAAGCUAUAUACAACGGAUUUCUUCUUUAGCAUGUGCAUGGCUGUUUCCUGUCACUACUCCUCAGUGUGAUAUAAUAAAUGUUAAGUAUUAAAGCAAAAUUGGGGUUCAAUUAAUUUAAAAUUAGAAACUUGCUACCAAUUUGGAAUUGACAUGUUUCAUGUUCCUGCAAAACAUUCUCUUUGGAAAUGUUUCUGUGGCUACAGAAGUCAUCGUGAAUGAGUGGAAGGCCCUAGAAACUGAAAUGAAGCUGAAUCAGUCCUUUUGGUAUGACAUCUAUCUACUGCUAAACCUCUCAUGUCUGUUUGUUUGUAACC